AUGGCUGGAUAUCUCGAUAAUGGACUCAAAGAAAUAAUUGAGGAUAUUAGUAAUGAGAUCACAAAUAGCUAUGUAUCUAAUAAAUAUGUAGGCUCUUUGGAUAGGCUCAUUCCUUUCUGGAAAUCAAUUUCAGCCAAAUUAGUAACAUACAUCUUCCGUAAUGACGGUAAGUGCAUAGAAAAAAGUAAAACAAAUUUUCUAAGUUUCGCAAGUGAUAGAGCAGCGAUUGAAAACUUGAGCAAUAAUCAGAGUUUGCUUGGAGUUAAUAAAAUUUUCGAUAAUUUGCAAGCUUGCUUAUUGAAAAUGGACGACAGAAUUUGUAUUCGCAAAGAUGUGAACAAGUCAUUACGUGAAGUAUUGGAAGAGUCAAACCAUGCUAGACUUAGCGAACAAGGAAAGCAAAUUUUCCAAUAUCUUAACAAAUCAGUAGUACCGUUAACCUUACCUCAGUUCCUACUCUCCGAAUUGAUAUAUAUACAUCGCCAGAUUGACCUCCCAACGUGCAGCAUGGAUGCUAUCAUAAUAGCCGAAGCCAUGAACAAGCCAGCAAGGUUGGCCCAAAUAUAUUUGGACAUACUAACUAAGCCUAAUGGCGCUAAGCUUUACAUGGGAAGUAAUGAGGACUUUAUGGAAAUCCAAGAAAUUAAUGAUGAGUUUGGCAAAUUGUACAUAGAUGUUUAA